AUGGAGCGAAGUGAUCCAACAGAUACCGCUCCAUUUGCUGAAGGUGGAGUUCCGCUUGAAUGAGCUCAUCUUUAACGGCUGCGUUGGCGACAUCGAGAAGGAGCUUAACGCGGAAGAACAAGCGUUCAACUGUAACGAAAACUUUGAAGCAAUACUGCAGCGCAAUCGCGAUUUCUUCAGCAAAAGCGACUUACAACGCGUCGAGCAAGUGCUCGGCAAUAUGGAGAAGAUCAACUACAUCUAUCUGGAGAAGUCUGCCAAUGAGCAAUCGCUGGCCCCGUUGUAUCAGCGUGCCAAUGAUACCUGGGUCGCUAUUUGCAAGCGCAUCGACAACGUACGCAAUAUUCUGCACAAAAUUCCGGCCCAGUGGGAUGCCUACCAUGCCAAGUUUAACGAGAUGAACGCCUGGAUGGAUCGUGUGGAUGAGUCACUGCGGCAAAUCAUGGUAGAAAAGCAAUCGAUGGAGGAGUUCGAACAGGAGAAAACGACUUUCCAGAACAUUUGCUACGAGGCUGAUGCGAAGCGGGAAGACAUGAAAUGGUUGGUGAAAACGCUCGACUUCUUGCUUAGCCACACGAACGAGGAACAGGCGACGAUUGAGCAGGAAAAGAUCGAAAAACUGAUCGCGCGCUAUAAAACCUUGAUACCGACCAUCGAGACGACAAUGAUCAAGACGGAAGUGUUUGCCAAGUGCUACACGUACCGACGAGAAGCACAGGAGAUCUGUGAUCUGCUCGAUCGAAUUAAAAGCCAAGCCCAGAACGUACCACCACCGGAAAGUUAUAAGCGCGUGAAUGAAAUGAUCGAAGAGCAGCAGUACUCGAUUAAAGAGCUGGACAAUCAGCGAGCACACAUCAUGAAGAUGCUGCAGCGUGGCAAGGACCUUAGCAAAAACCCAAGUGCUCCACAAUUUAUUGGUGGUGAGAUUCGUCGGUUGGAAUCCGGAUGGAAUGAUACGUAUAACGAGGCGGCCGAGAAGUUACGAUCGUUGCGUGCCGUCCAGAAGGUGUGGACCGAUUACAAUGAGCAAAAGGGACAAAUCGUUAGUUUGCUGGGAACGGCCGAGAUGGAGCUACGCUCGGUUACUCCUUUGCAGACGGAUCCGAAAAGCGUAACGCAUGAUCUGGACACGAAGCGUCAGUUGGCAUUGAAUCUAAAGCAGGCUUCUUCGAAAUCAUUGCUCCAGCUAAAUGAUCUUUGUCGUGAGCUGGGUAUUUCUCUACCGCCAACUACGAAACAGGCAAUCGAAAAGGAAGUGAGUGAUCUUGGUAAGCGGGUUGACAACACUGUGGACUAUGUCGAGAAGCGUGUCGUGUAUCUCGAGGAUUACAGUGAUAAGUGGAACGAGUACAAACAACGGUUGGAUAGUCUGAAGAGCUGGGCUAACAACGUGUACCCGAAGAUGGUGGCAGCCAUCAAGCAACCACAGAUCACCGCAGAAGAGCGUGUCGUGAAGACGAAGCAGCUUGAGGGAGUGUUGACAGAGAAAAUUCGUCAGCUGGAUGUGCUCAAUGCGAGUGCCGCGGAUCUCGCCGCAAAGGAAGGUAAUCUGAAUGAAAUGAAGAGGUUGAAAUCGGAAGUGGUACAUCUGCAGAGCACAUUUACGGAGUUGCACCGAAUGGUGGAUAGCGAGAAGGCACUAGUGAGUGAAGAUUUCGAAACCUGGAACAACUAUAAUCGCGAUAUGGGCAGCAUCAAGGAAUGGAUCGAGCGAGCAAAGCUGGCACCGGAGUUGGAGCAGGUCAGACCAUCGACGCUACCAGAAGCCCGUGCCUACCAGGGUCGUCUCGAAGCGUUCAACGAGCAGUGUGAGGGCAAGAUGGAUGAGUUGCAAAAUGCAAUCAAAGCUAGUCAGAACAUCCGCUACGGUGUUAAACCGUCGGAGGAAACCGACAAGUACUAUAUGGCGGUUUCCAGCGUGUAUGAGAGUGCUCAGCAUUUGCUGAAUAAAACAGGCAAGUUGGUCAAUAAUUGGGCCCUGUUGGACACCGAUCUGGAGAAGCUGAAUGCAUACAUCGAUGGGGCUGAGCGACGAAUGAUUGGAGAGUUCGAUAACGGAUUGAAGGCUCCGCAGGCUCUUCCGAUCGAUCAUCUUGAGACGAAGAUCAAGUCAUUGAAGCUGUUUAGUAACGAGAUAUCGGAACAGCAGGCGAAAUUAAUCGCACUUGUGCAUAUGUUCGAUCAGAUCACCCACGGUCUGUCGGAGGAAGGCGUACAGCGUGGUCGGGAUCAGCUGAAGCAAGCAAAGGAUCGUUUGGCGAAGCUGAGUGAAAAUGCUCGUGCCCAUAUCAAUGCUAGCUACGAGAGUAUUGUCGAGCAGCAGAACUUCAAUGCUCAGAUGACCGAUUUCAGCAACUGGAUGGAUCAGAUACGUACAAGUAUAAGCGAGUUGGAGAACACGGGCGUGGAUGAGAUCGAGCUGGCGGUCCAGAAUGUACAGUAUCUGGUGCAGCAGCAUGCGGACAAGCGCGACACCUUCAAUCAGAUCUACGCCCAAGUGAAACAGCAAAGCUUGUCCAAUAACCCGCUGGAGAACAAGCUGCUGAACGAAACGUACAGCUCGCUGGCCAGCAACUAUCAAAAUUUGGAGUCAAGUUUACUGCAGAUGAAGGAUUUCUUGCAAAAGUGGCUCGAGUUUCUACAAUGGCACAACGCGACGAAAGAUCAGUUGUCGUAUUUGCGUGAAAGUUUGAUCAAGUACGAUUCGGCUACCGAAGAGCAGCUGACCGAUGCCAAUCGGAGGGUAGAAGAGAUUGCAGCCGGCAUCGAGAAUUGGCGCCGGCUUUCGAUUGCCAUGGAACAGGAACCGUGUAUUUCGUUCCACGAUAAGGCACGCCGUCCGGUCAGUGCCAUUACGAUGAUCGCGGAGUUGGAUAAUCGUUUAGCUAGCAUUCGAUCACAGGUGGAUGGCAAACUAAAGGAGGUUGAAAGUACUAAGGAUCGUGUAAGCAAAUUCCGCCGGACGCAGGUUGAGCUCACUGAUACGCUAAACGGGCUCGGUGAACGAUUGAAGGCUAUCAUUGAAGCUGCCCGUCUCUCAACGCUGGACGAUGGGUUGGAGGAUUUGUCAACGUUGAACGAGAAGAUCAGCGAGUUGUGCUCAGCGAAAGCACAAACCGCGUACGAGGGCAACCUGUUGUUGAAACAGGAUCUCGUACCGACGGGACUCGCGAUUCAAGAGGAACUUGGUGCACUCGACGGCAAGGUCAACGAUCUGCAGCAAGAAUCGGACGAAACGUUGCGGGUCUUUUCAACGACCAGCGAUCUGUAUGGCGAUUUCAACAAGUACAACAUGAGCUUCACUAACGAACUGAAGCAGGUCGAAGCGUUGAAUGCGGCGACCGUGCUAAACUUUGACAACAAACCCGCACUGCUCCAGGCACUCGAUCGUUUACGGAAGGCAUCGGAAACGAUGACGAAGAAAGUCAAGAAGAGCUUGGAUAUGGUGGCAGCCAAGGGUAAUGAGCUGGCGCGACUCUUCCGCGGAUACAAUCCGCAAGAUUGUGACAACAUUCUCGACAUCUUCCGUCACAAUAACGAUCUGUUUAAGGCGAAUCUGGAAACGCUGAUCGAUAACUCCAGUCUGCUCGAUCAGAAGGUGGCCCUCUACAAACAGGCAGAACAGCUUCACGAGGACUUGGACGAGUGGCUCCAACAGAAGCGUGAUCAACUGAGCCGUGUUUUAGAGCAUCCGGGUGAAAUCGAGAGCAAAAUUGUGGCCUAUCGUGCAGAACUGCCGGCGCAACAGGCAUUUAAGGAAAAUCUCGAUGGAUUGCUGGCAGAGUUUAAGAAGCUAAACGGUGGAACAUUGCCGAAGGACUUACAGGCAAUGGUGGUGGAGCUGCAGGAAGGAUUUGCUACGAUUGCCGAGACAGCCGAUCGUUUAAAUAGCCGGCUGUCGGAGUAUGCAGCCGAUGAGCGACGCUUGAAGCUCUCGAUUAAAGGCAUCAUUGAACGGAUCUACAACAUUCGAGAGCAGAUCGUUAGCUGUGACGAUAUGACGCUAGAUAGUGGUAAGCAGCUGAUCCACCUCGCCGGUUGUCGCGAUCUACGAAGAAAGCUUAAUCUGGUUGGUGAAGAGAUUACGGGUCUGAAGAACGAGUUCGCUUCGAUGGAGGAAAAGUACGAUCAAGGUGUAAAGGAGACUUCAACGGUAGCGAAGGAGCUGCAGAAUCUAGAUCAACGGUUCGGGCUUGUGAUGAGCAGCUUGAACGAUGUCGAAGCAAAGUUGACAAAGGGCGUGGAAAAAUCGUUCAAGGACAAACUGGCCGCCCUAUCGCGUAUGAUCGCAUCGCAAAGCGAAAAGCUGAACUGGUGUGUACCGGAACCAACGAGCGACAAGUAUCAGCUUGAGGUGAAGCGAACGACACUGAACGAUAUACGAUCCAGUAUGGAUGACUGCGAGCGUGCCUUGCACGAAACCGAGCGUUCACUGACCGGACCGGUGGUGGAUCUAUUCUCGCAAGCCAAGGUGCAACAUAUGACAGAUGAAACGAAGGAGGUUGCUAGGCAGCUGGAUCAGGUUAAGGCUACCUUUGCCGCCACUGAACAGCAGCUUACGGACAACAUUGCCUUAUGGUUGAGCUACGAAUCCAUAUCCGAAGGUGUGAUACGCUUCCUGAAGGAUCUGGAAUCGCGCCAUCGCAUGGAAACGGUUCUACUGAUCGAUCUAUCUACGCUGGAGGCCAAAGCAGCGGAAAUCCGUGAAACGCGUACCAGCCUGGAUGAGUUCAAGGUCCAGAUGGAUCAGCUGCAAUCGGUGGGUAACAAACUGAACGAGGUUAACCAGGAUUCGCGAGCGCUCGUGCUGGUGCAUCAUUUGCAGAACAAAUAUCAAACGUUUGGCAAGUACUUUGGUCAACUGCUGGAUCGAUUGGAAGACGUUCGUGCGAAAAAUGGACAAUUCCGGGAAUCGGUCGAUAAGAUGCGCCAAUGGUUGCGAGAAAUGAAUGACAAGAAGCUUGCCCAGAAGUGCUUGAGCGCCGAUGGACAACCGAUGGUUCUCACGGAUCGUGAUUACGAGGCAGCAAAGGCACUGCGCGCUGAGGUGUUGGCCAAAGAUGGCGCCUUAAACGAAACAUGCUCGCUGGGUGAAAAUCUGUACGCCGAGGUUAGUGUCGAGUGCCGAGAAGGAAUUCGCGAGGAGAUGAAACGCUUACGCGGUGAUUUCAACGCACUGCUGGAUGAAGUAAAUGGUGCCAUAAAGCGUAUAGAGGCAGACUUGAUUAAGAAGAAGUCAAUUGACGAAAGUCAUAGUCAGUUGAACAACUGGUUGACCGAACUGCGCGGCAAGAUAACCUCGGGAUUACAGGAUCGUUAUGCUACACUACAGGAGAAGAAAAGUGCCUUGUACAGUGGCAAAAACAUGCAGAAGGACAUUGCAAUGCACGAAACAAAUUUGGACCAGCUGCAAAAGAAGAUCCAAGCCUUGCCGGACAAGAGCACGCUGGAUCAGUGUGAAGAAACUCGCUCCAAGUUCGGUGCAUUGCGUGAGGAGCUCGAUCGUAAGGUGGGACAAUUGGAGCAAGCGAUCAAAGCCCACGAGCAGUAUAAUGUGAUGCUGGAGAAGUCACGCGAUGCCUUGCUAAAGCUGCAAUCCCAAACGGAAGAAAUGUUUGGCGAUGGUGAUCUAACACGGGCGAAGAUCGAGGAGAACCUUAUUCACAUUGAGAACGUGUUGGCAGAGGAAGAAGCGGCCUUAGAGGGUAUCAACGAUUGCUACAACCAGUUUGCGAUUGUAAUGACUCAAACGCAUGAGAAUGGUCACUCGGAGUUGUUACGUGCCUUCGAAGACAACAAACGACAGUGGACGAGUUUCUUCGAGAAAUGCCGAUCUUUUAAGAUGCGCUCUAGUGCUUCGCUGAAGCAGCUGGACGCGUUCAAUGCGCGAUUGGACGGUGCAUUGUGCUGGUUGGUGGGCAAGCGGAAUGAAAUAAAGGAGACUGCCACCCAGCCGCAAUGUUUACCUUCGCUGCAGAAGAUUCGCGAUGCCGUACAGGGUUACGGAGUCACGGUGAGCGGCAUCCUCGAGGAGGGACAUCAAGUGAAAUCAAAGUUCGAUGUAACUAGCAAAGUGGCACAGCUGCAGAACGAAUACCGUACGGUGGCCGCACUAUGUGCCGAUGCUAUUACAAAAGCCGAAUCGACGUUGCACGAUCAGAGUGACUUUAACCAGGCAUAUGAAGAUUUUGAGCAACUGUUACGCAAGAAUCUGGAGGGAUUGCAAGAGUUCAAUCAGCUGGUCGGUGAUCUGAGUGUGUUGCAGGAGCGCCAGCUGCGGCUGAAAGAGAUCGCGUAUAAGCGACUGGACGAUAGCAGCCUGUACGAGGAUCUUAUCAAUCGUGGCGAGAAGCUCUACUCUUUCACGAGUCCCGAAGGUCGUGAGGUAAUCCGACAGAAACUGGGUGCAAUGCGCGACCUGUGGGAUAGGUUCUCGGACGAGUUGAACGCCGUUACGCACCAGCUGGAUCAGUGCAUUCUGCAGUUUGGUGAGUUUUCGUUGCAGCAAGAACAGUUAUCGAAGUGGUUGAAGGACAUUGAAAGCUCGAUGAAAUCGAACGCGGAACUGAAGGCAAACAUUCAGGACAAACGGACUCAGUACCAGAACCACAAGCUGAUGCACCAGGAGAUUCUGUCACAGGCAGGUCUAGUGGAGUCAGUUUGCGCGAAGGCCCAGCAACUGCUUUCGCUCACCAAGGAUCAGCAUCUACAGAGCUACGUGGUGUCGAUCAAAGAUACGUAUCAGGGCAUUGUGCGCAAGUCGGGUGAGCUGCUAGACAAUCUUAACAACUGCGUGGCGGCACACCAGAACUAUGUGGCUGCCGGCAGUAAGCUACGCAGCUGGAUCAACGAAGAGAAGGAUAAGGUCCUUUGCUGUGAAGAGAUGGGCGGCGAAAAGACGGAAAUUAACAAGCGCAUUGAGGCACUCAAUAACCUGAAGCUCGCUAAACCGAAGGGUGACGAACUGCUCAAUACAUUGGUGCAGUGUUAUGAACAGACGAAAGCCAGCACUUCUGCGGCCGGAGUAGGGGCGAUCGAGCGUGAGAUUGGAGAGAUGCGCUCGGAACUGGCCAGUCUGUACACGCAGAUUGACGAGCUGAUCGGAAAUCAGCGUAAAUCAUUGAGCGGCUGGGGAGCAUUUGAUCAGGAUCUGGAAGGACUAACGAAGUGGUGUCGCUCCAUGGAAGCGAUCUUCCGCGAACAGCAGCUGUACGAUUCGUUGGAGCGCAAACAGCAACAGCUCGAAGUGUUCCGUGCGAAUCAGGAGCAGAUCGGCGAGAAACAGAAACAGAUUGAUGAUUUUGUGACGACUGCACAGGCUCUGUUCACCAAGACCGGCGUGGAGAAAAUCAAGUUUUACAUCAACCAGCUGAUCAAUCGCUAUCAGUUGCUGCAAGUGUUGAGCAAAGAGGUAGCGAAUCGUGCCCAGAACAUUGUGAACGACCACCGAAGUUACGAAGAACGGUUUGGCGAGUGUGCGAAUCGGUUGGGUGAGCUCGAAAAGGAGCUCGAGAUGCUGGGACGUGAGAAACUGGCUACGGCACAUCAGUCCCGUUUGCAGCAUCUUGAGAUGGAGAAGGAAAAGUUUGAGAACAAUCUAACGAGUCUCGUAACGGCCAGUGAGAAGGUGCUACCCGAAACCAACGCACAAGGGCGCGAGAAGAUUCGCGAAGAUGUCCGUCAGCUGCGGGAACGCUGGGAUCAGGUGAUCGCAGCGCUAAACAAUGCCAAAAAGCAGCUCGAUGUUCGCUCUAUCCAAUGGUCCUCCUAUCAGGACGUUAUGCAGCAGGUUCUGGCAUGGUUGGACGCAACCGAGCGCAAGAUCGAACCGAAUGAAUCCCAGAGCUGGAACUCUACGCAAGAGAUCCGUUCAAAGUUGUUCAAGUACAAGGCGAUCCUGCAGGAGAUCAGUGGGCACCGGCGGAUCAUUGAUUCGCUUAAAGAGAAAGCUGAUUCACUGGCGACCGAUGAGCAGAACGAAGACAUCACCGCUAAGGUACACUCUAUCAACGAGCGAUACGAGUUGCUGAAAAAAUCGUGUGUCGAUCUGAUCCGCCGUCUAGAGCAGUCACUGGAGUUGUGCAACAAAUUUAAUGAUGCGCAAAAGUCGUUGCUCGACGAACAGGAUCAUCUGUUUAGCGAACUGAAGCAACUAUCGGAUGUAUCGGGUAAUAAACGUGCGGUGCAGGAGAAGAUUCAGAAGAUCGAUGAUCUGCAUCAGCAGCAGGCUAAGAUGAAGGAAAAGUUCAACCACCUGGCCAAGCUGAUCACCGACAACGGAGAUUUGAUUUCGUACGGUGCCAAGACGGUGAUGGAGCAGGAUCGACUGAAGAUGGCCGCCGAUUUCGAGAAGUUUGUAGUCUCGAUCGGUGAUGCUCGUGUGGAGCUAGAGAAGCGUCUUCAGCUGUGGGAUGAUUAUCAGCGUGAUCUCGAUCAGAUCGGAGCUUUCUUGGGUGAGGUUGAAGAUACGAUGCGAGGCUACACCUUGAAAAGCAGUCUAGGUGAAAAGCAAGAGCAACACGAGUACUAUCAAGCGUUGCUCGGUCGAUUGAAGCAGAAUGCUCUCGAGUUCGAUAAACUGCUCGACAAGUCAUCGGAGUUGCUGCAGAGCAGUGGCGAUAGCAAGAUAUCAUUCAAUAUGCAGCAACUGAAGGCACGCGCACAGUCCGUGGAAGGUACGGUUAAGGAGUUGGCCAAAAAGUGUGAACAAGCAUACACCGAACACAAACAAUAUCGUAAGCGGUACGCUGACACCGAAAAGGAACUGGACGACAUUCGUGAGGUAUUUGAUAGUUGUCGGAUGGACAGUGCGGCGGGUGCUGGAGCGAUGCAACAGGAUCCACAGGCUUUGCUAGGCACGAUUCAUACGCUGCUGGCCAAGCAAAACCUGGCGACGGUUCAGUGCAACGCGGUGUCUGAUAUUGGUGAACAGUUGUACGCCUCGACAGCAACCAAGGGUCAGCAGAUGAUUCGAAAUGAAAUCCAGGAACUGGUGGCCAAGUGCGAAAGGCUUUUCGAUGAAAUCAACGCUUAUUCUCGCUCGUGUGAAGGCCGCCUUGCUAAGUUUACCGGAUUCAUGGAAAAGGCGGACCAGCUCCAGGAUUGGCUAAAUACCGUAGAGCAGCAGCUAGGACGAGGCAACAUAAUACUGAAGCCAACGCUCGAUGAAAAGUGUGCCCAGCAGCAGGCCUAUACGGAGCUGCUAAACGACAUAAAGAACCACAAACCCGAACUAAACAAUCUGCGUGAUCUAGUGGAUGAUAAUGAUGCGGCUAUGGUUCGAAAGAUGGACGAAUUGUCUGGCCGAUACGAGGACUAUCUGGAAAAGGCACAAUCUUACGGAGAUCAGUACAAUCGCAUCGUUGAUAAUCAUCGACAGUACUGUAAGGCGGUGAUGGAGACGCAGGACUUUAUCGAUGCCAAUCACAAUACGGUGGAGCUUUGGGGUGAGACGGAUCUUGAUCAGGUAUCGCUGUUGACCAAUCGGGACCGAUUGAGCGAGUUGAAGCGAUCGAUUGUAGCGGAGCAGAAUCGUGUCGAGCAAAUUCGCCUGUUAGGUGAAGCAACUGUACCGGAUACGAGCGACGAGGGUCAGGCAAAUAUCCGCUCGCAAAUCGAUAUCUCGCAGCAGGAGUGGGAAGGUCUUUUGGCGGCCAUUGACUCGACGCUGGACAGCAUCGGGGGCAAGAUGGGCGAAUGGACGGAUUACGAGAAGAUUCGCACGGAUUGUAUGAACUGGAUGCGCGAUAUCGAUGCCAAAGUGCAUUCGGUCGAUCUGAAGGCAACGCUUAUCGAUAAGAAGGCCACGCUGGAUUACCUGAAAAGUCUGCAGGGUGAGGUGAAGGCAAAGGAGCUGGAGAUCGACAACUUUACCGAGAAAGCGCAGCAGCUGUACCGAGGAUAUUUGAGCAGUCGCAACUCUCAGAUAUCCGAGCUGGCCGUCAAGUAUCAGCAAACUUCGUCUAGGGUGAAAGAGCUGGUUGGUCGUUGGCAGCAGUAUGUGAUUCAGCACCAAGAGCUGGAGACGCGUAUCGGUGAACAUCGGGACUGGUUGAAUGCCGUUCGUGAAAAGUUAAACUAUUGCGCCGAUAUGUCGAGCACUUCAGAGAAGGAACUGCAGAGCAAGCUGAAGUUGGUGCAGGACAUGAUCGUGAACAAGGAGGAUGGUUCUGGACGUUUACAGGUGAUUGUAGAUCUUGCUCAACAGGUGCUGGCUUGUACUACUCCGUCUGGUCACGAGGCUGUCAAUAAGGCGGUGGCAGCGCUGCAGGAUGAAUGGUCUGCGCUUGCACUGCGUAUGAUCGACAUCCGUACCCAGCUAGAUGAAGCCAUCAAUCAAUGGUCCGGCUUUUUGGAUCAAGUGAAUGAUCUGAAGCGGAACAUUGAUUGGAUGGAGAACGAGCUGGCUGGCUUCGUGGAGUUCCAGGCAACGAUGGCUGACAAACGGGCCCAGCUGGAGCGCAUCAAGAACACGGAGGAGAAGAUACGGUUGGAGAAGAUCGAGAUUGAACCGCUGAAACAGAAGACGGCAGAGAUGACGGCAUCGGGUCAGCAGUCCCAGGCAGCCACGACUGCGCAGCAGAUUUUGGGCAAAUUCGAUUAUCUGGCCGAGAAGAUUAGCAAGAUUUUGACCGAUCGUGAGGAUCAGUACCGUGACCAUCGGCUGUACAAAGAGGCGUACGAUGAUUUAUUCAACUGGAUCAGCCGCGCUCGGGAGAAGCUGCCGUGCGUGAAGCAACAAUCGCUGAGUGACAAGCUAACGAUGGAUAGCGCGAUUGCACCGCUUGAUGCUUUGAUGAACAAGCGUGCUCAGGGUGAGCUGCUGGUGGAGCAUCUCGUACACACCGGCGAAGUGGUAAUGGCUUCAACCUCCGAGCGUGGCAAGGAAGCAAUUCGAAGCGACAUUAACGGGCUGAAAGCUAACUUUGACUCGCUGUUUGGGGACAUUGACAAGCAGAAGCGCGAUUUGGAGAAAACGUUGAACUUACUGCGCGAGUACAAGGAAGAGUAUGAGCGAUUGUCAGAGUGGCUGCAGCAGGUGGACAUUCUCGUGAAAAACCACAAGUUGGCCACGUGCUCUACUUUGGAGGAGAAGGAAAAACAGGUCCGUGAAAUGCGCGAACUGAUUGGCAAGCUGGAGAAGGGCCAGGCAGAGAUGGACAAGUUUAAUACAUUCGCUGCACCACUGCUACAAUCACACUUGGACACCUACAUUGGCAAUCAGCUGCGACACCUAAACUCACGCUAUCAGGUCCAGGUGAAUUUGGCAAAGGAUGUGUUGAAGAAGGUGGAAACAAAUGCGGAUCUGCACCGAGAGUACAAAGAUAAUCUGACGAAGGCGAACGGAUGGAUUGACAACGCGAAGGAGAUCGUUCGCUACUCGACGGAAAAUGUGGAUCACGUGAGCAAAGAGAACUUGGAGAAACGGUUGGCCAAAAUCGUCGAGCUGAUACAGCAACGUGAACAGGGCCAGCAUCUGGUAAACGCGACCGUCAACACGGGUGAGAAGGUGGUUAAGAGCACCAAGUCCGAUGGUAAGGAGGUGAUCAACGGUGAAAUCAAGGAUAUCCAAACGAACUGGGAUCGGUUGGUGAAGCGCAUGUCCACGGCCAAGGUACAGCUGGAGACGAACUUGCUGCAGUGGGCCGACUACAGUUCCAGCUACAACCAUUUGCAGCAAUGGAUUCAGGAUCGCGAGAGUAAACUGCAACAGGUAUGUGAACAGAAGGUAGUUCGAUUCCGGCUCGGUGGUCCAUCCAGUAGCUUGAGCAGCGGUUUGAACGAACGUCGAGCCAAUCUGCGCCAGGCAAACGAUAUAGUGCAGGACAUUGUAAGCUUCGAACCAAUGAUACAAUCGGUCGCCAGUAAGGCAUCUGAUCUGCGGCAGACUUCACCGGCCUCAGAGAUCUCGAACAAGUACGAAACACUGAGCAAGCAUGCCAAGCAGAUGUUUGAGAAACAGAAGGAAACGGUCGAGCUACAUCAAGCGUUUAUCGAUGCGAGCAACGAGUUUGCCGCAUGGAUACGGAACGCUAAGGAAUGUCUGAACAAGUGUUCGGAUUCGCGCGGUGACAAGGAAACACUGGUAUCGAAGAUGACGCAGCUGAAGAUUCUGGAUAAUGACGUACCGGUUGGUCAGAAGAAGCUCGAGAAAGCCCUAGAACAGGCGGAAGUAGCCUGCCGUAGCGUGGAAAGCGAAGAGGUGGAAGCGAUCGAAAAGGAAGUGGCGAUCCUACAGGAAGAGUUUGACAAUUACUGUCUGGCAUUGAAAAAGAUCAGUGGAGCUCUGGAGAACGGCAUAGUUCGAUGGACGGAGUACGACGAUCAGUAUGGUGUGGCACUAAAGUGGUUGGAUGGCAUCGAACAGGAGGUCCAGACGUACAACAAAAUGCAGGCGAAUUUGCAGGAAAAGAAGCGAGUACUGGAAGAGUUCCAGGAUAAACUACAGACACUGUUCGAUUGGCAGCGUGAGCUCGAUAGCUUAAACAUGCGGGCUCAGG